ACGACUCCAUCACUACUUUACAUUUGUUUGACAUUACGAACGAUACGACUAACAAAAGAUCUGUGCAAAAGAUGGUGUUUUUGUGCUGAAUGUACUUAUGAUGGUUUUACGUGUAAUAAAUCAAUAAAAAGAAAUUGCUGGACCACAAAUAUCCUUUCCUUUCACGAUGAAGCUACAAACUUGCAGGAUAUGUCUGGCGACGGGCGUUAAAAUGUCUAGUAUCGGUGGUACACAAGUUAAGAAUUUUUUGGAAAAUAUUUUUAAAAGCAAUGGGUAUACUCAGGAUUUGGAUGAGCGCCAUUAUGCAUGUUACGAAUGUAAGGCACUAUUGCAGAAAACCUACAACUUCAUACAGAAAACUUUAAGAGCACAGAAAGCUAUGUAUGACAUUCUGCAAGAACAUGAUAGUGUCAACAUAGUAGCUCUCAGAAGUAUAGACAGAUGCAGCUUAGGUCUAAUAUCAACAUUAGGCUAUCACCAAGUUGGUGUAGAUUUUCAUAUAGACGAAGAAGAUAACAUAUUGAAAGGAACCUUGGGUGAAGAAAUAGAUUCAAAGGAAGAAUUAAAGAAAAUUACUGUGGAAGUUGAUUCUGAUGAAAUACUGUAUGACGAAAGCUCUUUUAUGGUUGAAGUUAAAGUUAAACAAGAAGAAAUUGAUGAACCCCAAUCUGAGGAUGUUGAUGAGUUUGCAGACCAAAUUACUUAUGCUACAGAAAUUGCGGUGCCAGAUGUGUCAGUACAGAAAGACAAGAGAACAAUAAGAAAAGAGAAAACUAAACAAGAUGAGACCCGUCUUCCUGUUAAGAAGAGAAAAAGGAGGAACAAGGGUACACCCAGAGGGAGACCUAGAGUACACUUUGAAAUUGAUGGCAGAGAAUAUCCUAGAAAAUGUGAUCAUUGCAACUACAUGGUUGAGCAAAAGAAGAUACACUACAAACAUUAUUUGUUUUGUCACCCAAAUGUGGUAUACCCUUACCAUGUGAAACCUAAAUUCGUCUGUCAGUUCUGUGGAAUUAGCAAAAGGACAGAACGGCGUCUCCGAGACCAUGAGUUGACACACGGAGAGAAACAAGUAGAAUGUCCAGACUGCAAACGCAAAUUUCACAAUCAUACGCAGCUCUACCGCCAUAAUCAACGUGUCCAUGUUGAAAAGCAGAUGUUGAUAUGUGACUAUUGCCGAAAGGGGUUCAAAGUGAAAUCGGAGCUUAUGUUGCAUAUACGGACGCAUACUGGCGAGAAGCCGUUUAAAUGCGACAUCUGCGGCGCGGCAUUCGCACAUCGCGGGAACGUCGGCGUACACGUCCGCAACGUGCAUCAAAAAGAUGCGCCACAAAGAAAACCCAACAACAAAACAAAAAAUUUAACCAAUUACGCAAUGGAAUGCAUGUAUGCCAUGGAUUGUAGUUACGCUGACCCCAGCAUUACGCCUAGUACUAUGGAUACAGAAUAAAGUGAGGAAUUUUAUUCUUGUUUAGCUAUUAAUAUAGCCACAUGUGAUCAUAUAUCAAAGUACUAUACCCCGUGAAAGUCAUAACAAUACUAUAAAACUAAAUGACACAAAUAAUGUAUGACGCACUGCCAUUACAAUAGUGUUGGUGUUGUAUCUCAAAAUAUAUGCAAUUCAAGAUUGUAUCAUUGCUGAAACUAAAAUUUGGUUUGAAGGCACAUGCCACAACCAGAGGAUAUUGAAUCUAUUGGAGACAGGAAAGUCCUUCAGUUCUUCAAUGCUGCCGGCCUUGGCUUUGCACUGUAAUUAGUGGUAAUCACAAUAGAUCAGUCAGUGGUCGCAGUGAUGAGGGGAUGCAUAGACCCUGAAUGAAGCCACUCU